AAUCUUGGAGGUUUGGGGAUCUGAUUUCGCCGAUUGCAUCAUCUAAAAACAAUGGCGACGAACAAAAUCGUUCGUUUGAUCGCACCAAGCGGAUCCGUCGUCUCCGCUAGAUUCCUCGAGCCAGUGUCACGUUUUUUUAGCUCCGGUACUCCUCCUCCACCGCAGGCUCAAUCUCCGACUCCGAAUCAGGAUAACGUGAAGCCAGAUCAGAAUCUUCAAGAGAAGGAAGAGGAAGAAGAAGAAGGAGGUGAGGAGUUUAUGAACAAAGAUACUGGUGAGAUCGGAGGACCUAGAGGCCCUGAACCGACUCGGUACGGCGAUUGGGAACAACGUGGUCGAUGCUCUGAUUUCUGAGGCGAUCAUUAGGUUGUUCUUUGUCUUUUUCAAUUCUGGGAAAAUUUGGGGAACAAAUUCGUUUGAUAUAUGUGUUUAUGUAAUUGCAAAUAAUGGGAGAACAGUGAAGAAGAAACUUUAGUAGAACUUCAAAUUCUUCUAUGUUCGUUUCCUUGUGUGCUUCAUUUUCAUGCUUGGGUUUAUUGAUUUGUUGAAUACAUAAUAAGAUUUCCAUAAGGUUACGAAGUUGGCUUGAUU